CCAAUUGUUUUUAUAAUGAACAGCACAACAUAAGUAACAUUAGCAGUAAGAGAGGGGGUGGAGACCUAUUUUUACCUAUUUUUAGUAGGAGAACUACUCCAGCUGCUUUACAUGUAGCCACUAAAGACCAUGUGCUUUUGGGUUGGAGGGAACCCCACACUUAAGAUCAGCCACCUUGAGGAAUUCAAUACUAUGGAGAAUCCCGUUUACAGCGUGGUGUCAGGGCAAUCUUAUGGAAGGUGUGUGCUUAAAAUUGGAAUCUUUGCUUAUUUUAGACUACAAGCAAGAUCCCAACUGAUCCCAAGUGAACUUUGACCCCUGCAGAGGCUAGCUCUCAUUGGUCAAGCCUUGGAUUGAGCCCUGGAUCCAAUCAGAUUAAAGUUAGAUAGAAUAUACCCAGUGAUCUGUCACUGUAAGAUCUGUCAACUGUAUGCAGGCAACAUGAAUAGAGUGUGGGCUAUGUUCAGAUCCUAUCCAUACAUUACCAAUGUGGUGGGCUAUACAACCCUGUUUGCCACUGCAGACUUGAUUCAGCAAAGCAUGCUAGAAGGCACACAUGGCCAAAGCACUCAGCUCAGUGUGGAUAUUUCUGAACAGGAGGCAUCAGCCCCAUCCAGACAGGAAGGAGCUGUGGCUCACCUCAAAGACUCUGAAUGGAGCAAACAUCCAGCAGAAGAAAAGGAUCAAUCAGUAACUGUGACAAAUGCUCCAAUGCACAGUGUUGAUUGGGGCCAGAUGUUUCGCGUAGCAUUGGUUGGGUUGUGUUUUCAUUCCAACUUCAACUAUCACUGGCUACGUGCUUUAGAGAAGAGGUUUCCUGGAGGAGGGGCCAAAAGAAUAUUUGUGAAAGUGUUUCUGGAUCAGUUAGUUGCUGCUCCUGUAACAAUAAGUGCCUUCUAUAUAGGGUUGAGCACCUUAGAAGGGCGAGAUGACCCCUUGGAAGACUGGAAAAAUAAAUUCUGGACUUCCUACAAGACUGGGGUUGUCUACUGGUCUAUAAUGCAGGCGGUAAACUUUUCUCUGGUUCCCCCGAUAGCACGCACAGUUUUCGUUGGAGGAAUCUCACUGGGCUGGACAGUCUUUCUGUGUCAUUUUAGACAGCAGAAGAAUGAGUCUCAUUCCAGUUGCUCUACAUAGCAUCCAAUAAUUAUGUACCAUAAAAUGAUAAAAAUGUGUCUGCUGCUCUUAAUUUUCUGUCAGCCUGCAUUUCUUCAACCUAAAAUGUUGGAAUAUAUGUUAAUUAAAUAGGCUUAUAAGUGUA